CAUUGGCACACUUCGGAAAGGUUUAGUGCUGGAGCCUGUGAUGUUGAAAUGAAGAUUCAUGCAAAGCUUGUCUCCUACUUUGAAUCCUGUGACUCACCUGUGGACAAAGAAGGUUACCUCAACAAAAAGGGUGAAAUAAAGACUUCCUAUCAGAAGCGCUGGUGCGUGCUGAAGGGGAACCUCCUCUUCUACAAGGACCGGCCGGCUGACCGGGACGUCAUAGGAGUGAUUGUUCUGGAGGGCUGCACCGUCCAGCUCUGCGAGUCCGAGGAGCAGUUCGCCUUCUCGCUGGUGUGGAGCGAGCCGGGACUGCGAACGUACAAGUUUGCUGCCGAGGACCAGGCCAGUCAGGAGAGCUGGAUCAAAGCGCUGCUGUCAGCCAACCACAACUACCUGGCUCUACUGGUGAUGGACCUGGAGAAGAUGUACAGAGAUGCAUUAGGCGAGUUUUCUGGUAACCCAACCAACACUUUCACCAUGCCAAAUUUCAACACACCCGCAUCAAGAUAUCCUGCAGCCAAUCUGACAACACAAACAUUAACUCCAUAUGCAGCACCGCCUGUGGUAGCAGGAUCCAGUCCAACGCUCCGAGCUCCAACCAUUUCAGCCAAAUCAGCCAGCAAGAGAUCACCCAAACUGUGGUCCAAGAGGAAUGCAAAUGUGGUGCCGGUUAACACUCCUGCUCCACCCAUGGGGGAGUGGUCAGGGCUGUGUGUGGGCAUCAAGGAGGAAUUCAGUAAAUUGCAUGAGGACUUCGGAAAGGAAAUAAAGGAACUGAUUGUUGAUUGGUCAAAAAGGGGACCGGACGGUUUAGCUGUUCAGGAAGACUUGAUCGAUUUUGGAUUAUGAAUGAGUUGAGUUUAGUGUCUAAACCUGUUAUUGAAUAUCCACAGUUGCAAUGUAAAGCUGUAAUGUAAAUAGGAAUUAGAACCAGAGUACAGUACCAGUUUUUGUUAAGGUCUAUAUUUGUGUAUAUUUAAGAUCAUAAUUUCAAGAACAUGUUGUUUCCAUUUUUACUUAUCAUGUCAUAGAGUUAAUAAAUGAUCUAUGAU